GGCAGCCAACCAUCUCAUAUAAUCAGCACAGCGUUCGAACCUCUCCCUCAAGCGGCUUUGGCUUUACGAAUACAGCGAGGGAGUAAGAUAGCGGUCGCCGCGACCCCCCACGCGACCAAUGGCGAUGUUGCAGACGGGUUACUCGCCCUUCUCUGCAUCGAGCACUAGCUUCUACCCUCCCCGCAGCCCGCCCCCUAGCCGCCGCCUAAUUGCGACCCGGUCAGCGUCUUCCCCGGUGAUUACCUCCUCUUUCCAUGAGACCGCCCGACAGCCAACAGAGUCACCAAGUCUUACUCGGCAUCACGAUUUAUGGUUCAUUGACGGCUCGGUCGUCCUCCAAGCAGGCAACGCUAUCUUCCGUGUACACAAGUCCCAGCUGUCUCGUCACUCGCCUUUCUUCCGCGAUCUCUUCUCUUUGCCCCAACCAACACAGGUUGACGUGACUGCGUCUAUCUCGUCGCAGAACAGUCCACUUCUCCGCAUUGAGCCCUCGGAUGAAAUUGAGGGAUGUCCUGUAGUCAGGCUUCACGAUUCCUCGGAAGAUGUUGCAAACCUUUUGACUGCUCUGUAUGAUGGCCCGGCAUUUGGAAAUAACGAUCCUGCCGACUUUCGUGUUGUCUCUGGUAUCCUUAGACUCGCUACCAAGUAUCUCGCUGACUCAUUGCGGACGAAGGCGAUCGGGCAUCUCAGCGAAGCAUGGCCCUCCACGCUCAAAGGCUGGGACGCCAGAGAAGAUGCUGCGAGGGCGAGCGAGCUCCAAAACGGGCUCGGCGCCAACGGCAUAUAUCCAUCUCCUAUCAGUGUAAUCAAUCUUGCACGUGAAGUUGAUGCGCCUUCUCUUCUCCCGUCGGCCUUCUACGACCUGUCCAGGUAUCACUACUCACAGAUAUUCGAUCCGGACAAUGGCGUGGAUUGCCUGCAUCCCUACCUCCCACUCUCAGGGCAAGAUAUGCAGCGUCUUGUUCUGGGAAAAGAGGCGGCGCAACAGGCAAUCAUAACGCUCAUCCAGGGCAUUGGCUCAAAUGUCCAUUCAACACACACACCUGUCGCGUACUUUCAUCCGAGUCAUCAUCGCACGGGGUCGCAUUCGCAUCAUGCGUGUCGAAAAGAUUUCUCUGAGCUCGUGUCGCUGGCGACGCAGCAUUACCUAUUCGAUAAGGAGCGCGGGUGCACCGACCCGCUGUAUGCCGCGGAGGAGCUCGGGCAGCCACUCUACGACUUCGGUGGGCAGACGGCAUCCGGAGGGGAGGGAACGAGGGCCGGCGAGACAUUACGAGGAGAGGCUUCAGAGUGCGAGGCAUGUGCCAGGCUGCUUGAGAUGUGGGCAUCCAGAGAGCGCGAGAGGAUGUGGAAGAUGAUUCCAUUGUGGUUCCGCUUAGACGUGUGAUGAAGAUCGAGAUAGUGAAGCACAAAAGGGCGGACGGUUUCAUCCCCUUGUACAACAUUACAUGUAAUUAGACAGAUCCUGCGCAUAAUGUGUAAGUUAUAACUUGAAUGAAAAUAUUGAGCGC